AUGCCUAACUGGUAUUACGAUAAAGAAGCUUUUAAAAAGACACCAUCGAUUCAAGAUGGUAUUGACUAUGCUACUGAGUAUAAGUACAGAAAAGAAGGUGCAAGAUUUAUUGUAGAGCUAGGCUCGGUACUGGAACUUGGCUACAAUACAUGGGCAACAGGAGUUGUCUUUUUUCAUCGGUUUUAUAUGUUUCAAUCUUUCAAGGAUUUUCCUCAUUAUGUGACAGCUUGCUGUUGCUUGUUUUUGGCUGGGAAAGUAGAAGAGACGCCUAAGAAAUGCAGAGAUAUCAUUAAAGUAGCUCAAACAAUUUUAAGUGAAGAAAAUUUCAAAACCUUUGGAGAAGAUCCAAAAGAGGAAGUUAUGACAAUGGAAAAAAUUCUGCUGCAAACUAUAAAAUUUGAUUUUAAAGUACACCAUCCGUACUCGUUCUUAACAAAAUAUGCAAAGACAUUGAAAGGUGAUAAAAAUAAGCUUCAAAAAAUGGUACAAAUGGCUUGGACAUUUAUUAAUGACAGUUUAUGUACAACUUUGUCUAUUCAGUGGGAACCUGAAAUCAUUGCCAUUUCACUGAUGUACUUGGCAGCAAAGUUAAGCAAAUUCCAAGUGGUCACUUGGAAAGACAAGGAACCUUAUCAAACAAGGUGGUGGGAAAUGUUUGUAGAAGAUCUCAACAUGAAUGUUGUAGAGGAUAUUUGUCAUCAAGUUCUGGAUCUAUAUUCACUUGAAGAAAAAAGAAGGAAACCUACAAAGCGUGGCCCACUAAAAGAAUCACUGAAAUCUUUGAGCUGUAAAAAACCUGAUCGGCAAAAGCCGGCUGUUCCCUCUACUCAAAUUUCUCUGGUCCCUCUUAAAAAACUAGUAUCUUCUGCACAAAAUAGUGAUAAUCUUUCCAUGAUUCCUGCAGUUAAAAAAGAGAUUGCUAAUGCUGAUUCGCGCACUAUGGCCAUAAAGACUGAACCAAUUUUUAUCAAAAACGAACCUGUGAUAAUCAAAACGGAACCGACUUAUGAAGAAAGUGAAUCGUCCACUACUGAAUCCAAGAUUAAAACGCAACCAUUUGCUUUUGUGAAUGCACCACUCUACAUCAAAACCGAAUCAUUAACAACAAAUACAUCCCCUGCCAGUAUUGAAGUACCAUUCUAUAAACCUCUAAUGACGAUACCAGCAUCCGGUACACCGAUCUCAACACCGUCACCGGUUAUAUCUGCGGGAAACUUACAACCGUACUCUCCAUCAUUUCCACUACCAGACUGUUCCAUGCCUCCACCGACUUACAAUCUGCCUACUGCUGCCAGCGUAUCAGCCAAAGCUCAAAAUAAUGGCAAUUAUAUUAAUCCAUGGAAAACGGACGUACUAACGAGCGAUGGAAUUACUGAAAGCAAUAAAUUUCGAGAAACUGUCACGUAUCCGGAUAUUUACAAUAAUAAUUGUCAAAAGGACAAAUUUCAAAAUUUUAUGAGAGAUCAUUUUAGAAAUUCUGAUAAUGAUUCUCAAAAGCGUUCGAACUGGGACAAUGAGGACUGGGAUAACCCGAAUGGGAAUUGUAAAAACGAGUCAUCAAACUUUGAUGAUAAUUUUCGGGAUAAAUGCGGAAGCCAGCAAAUAAUCGGUCAGUCAUUAGCUCCGAUCUGUGAUGUUCAGGCACAUCUAUAA